AUGAAAAGAAAUGAAGAGGUUUUAUGCAGAAGGUUACCUAUUCUAAUCGAGAAGCUGCUACGGUCUUGUGGAGAUAUAGACACAAUUUAUGUUUUGGUAAGAAGCAAGAAGAAUAAAGAUCCUACGGCUCGUCUGCAUGAGCUCUUGGAUGAUUUUCUGUUUCACAGAGCGCACGAAGAAAACCCUAAAGGUAUCCAUAAAGUUGUACCAAUUGUUGGUGACAUGGCGUUGCCAGGGUUAGGCAUGAACGAUGAGGAUAGAAAACUUUUGGCUAGCAAGGCAACUAUCAUUAUCAAUGCGGCAGCAACGGUAAAAUUUGAUGAAAAACUGUCUGUCUCCACUGCUAUUAACGUUAAAGGUACCAAAGAAGUGCUGAAACUGGCCAAAGAGUGCAGAAAUCUGAAAGCUAUUACACAUAUUUCAACAGCAUUCUCUAACACGCAAGUUAGUCAUAUCGAGGAAAAAUUCUACGAGCCCCCGCUGUCAGUGGAAGCAUUAGAAGCCGUCUCAGAAAUCGAUAAUCAAUUAAUCGAAAGUAUUUUACCCACUCUUCUUGGAAAGCGUCCCAACACAUAUUGCUUCACGAAAGCUGUGGCCGAGGAGGCUGUCAGAAAGUAUGGUGAAGGUCUGCCUAUAAGCAUCGUCAGACCCUCGAUAAUUGUGUCCACUUAUGAAGAACCAGUUCGAGGCUGGACGGACAGUGUAUAUGGUCCCGCGGGACUUGUCGUGGGGAUCGGAACAGGGGUACUGCGCACCAUGUAUAUGGACGAAGAGAAAGUGGCAGAUUUGAUUCCGGUAGACCUCUGCGUCAAUGCGAUCUUGGCAUCAGCGUGGUUCACUGCCAAGAACUAUAAAGAGAAUCAAACUUCACACAUCCCAAUCUAUAACUUUGUAUCUGGAGCGCAGAACCCACUGACUUGGGGAGAGUUUAUCGAGACGAACAGGAAAUAUGGCAUCAACAAGCCUACUACUAAGGCUGUAUGGUACUACGGACUUAACCCCACGAAUAAAUACUACAUGUUUUUAUUCUACAACUUCUUUCUUCACUACCUGCCUGCUCUGUUAAUCGACUGUUACUGUACCCUCACUGGAAGGAGAAAAGCUAUGCUUAAACUGUACAGCAAGGUGAUGAAGUUAGCCCACAUUCUAUUCUACUUCUCCACCCAAGAUUGGCGCUUCUCGGAUACGAACGUUAGAGACAUGUGGAACUCUUUAUCAGAAGACGAUAAAGUUGUGUUUCCAUUUAGUAUGGGGCAAUUCUCGUGGGAGUACAUGUGUGAAACCUUCUUGAUUGGUAUACGAGUGUAUUUGAUCAAAGACGACCUGUCAACAUUGCCAGAAGCAAGAAAAAAGUGGAACAAACUCUACUACCUACAUCAAACACUGAAGGCCAUCGUGCUUAUGAUCUCAAGUCGUGAUUGGACACUAAUAAAGGACACUCUGGCCACUGCUUGUGUAGGAGGAUAUUCAGCACACCUGAGCUGCAUUGAAGGAAUGAACACAAUUUACGGUCUUAAGCAUGCUCAAGUUGCCCAGACACAUAUCAAGACUCUUGGGGACUUGAUCGAUGAAAUGAAGGUGGAGAGGAAGAGAGAGACAAAACAAAAAAUGAAAGACAUUGAGUUUUUGGAACAAGCAGCCACUCAGCAAAAUACUCUAAUGAGGGCAAUUUCCGAGUUUAUAGAAAAUAUUGAUCAAAAAACACUCGAACUCUCCCGCCCCUCUUCACAACCAGCCUCAGUGUGUCCAGCCGCCCCUACCACACGCUCAUCGAGUUCUAAGCAAGAAAGAUUAACUACCCAAAUGAAGCCCACCCCUGAAUCCUUUUACCAGACAAAUGAUCUAAAAGUAUACUUCGAUAAGAAUCUGAAUGUAACUAUCACACCCUUAACUGCUAGAGGAAAAAGAUUCGGUCCACGGGGAAUGCUUGGAAUGAAAGGGAAAACCCUAGCUUCAAUCUUCAAUUUAGAACUUGACCAAUUAGGUUCUAGACUUGGUACUAUGCCAGAAUUCGUAAAUGAAUUUAACAAGUUGACAAGUUACAAAGACAAGGCCACCUGUCUGAAUAAGCUAAGUGAAGGGAUAAUUACACCAUCAGUUGGUCAAUGGGUUCAUUCAUAUCUCCCCUCAAACUAA